AGAAGCAAAUUGGACAUCAUCAUCAAUUGAGAGAGCAACGCUACACAAGCAAGAGUGAAUUAGAACUACCUGUAUAAAUAACCUCAACAAUAUUCGGCAACCAAACAAGAUUCAUUCACCAAGAUAUCGACUAGAAAUAGACAUCAUCAGAGCAAACAUGAAACUCCAAUCAGCAUUAUUGUUAUCCGUCCUGCUUGUCCUGGGCCUCGCCCAAGCUAGCGCUUCGCCCAUCGGUCGUGUCCUCUCGAGGUUACGGAAGACUGCCGGAUCAGGAGGCUCGAGUACACCCAGUCAUGGGUUUCUAUACAGACACCUUUAUGCAAGAACACUCGACCUGUCCGAACAUCACAGGAUUCUCUAUGAGGAAUUUAUAACCGAGAGGUUCCCAAACAAAAGUGGUCACCGCAUUGAAGAUGUUGUGUUAUCCUACCUCCCUACUGCACGUGACCUCCCCAGUCACAGGGAAAACCACUCGGACGACGAGUUGCUUCUUGAUCACUACGACAACCUGAACAUCUUCAAGGCUGCGUUGAAUAGAGUGGAAGAAACAGAGAGGGGAAACUUUACAGAUACACUUAUUAUGAAUGCUGAGGAGCUUCAUGAACUCAUUCGUAGGCUGGAAACUGUGAUGAGAAGAGUUGGACUCGAAGAUGCAAUAGGUCCAUCACAGACCAUGGUCCCUGCUUUCCACACCAAUGUCACCACAGAGGAACACAACACACGUACUCUCUUGGUCUUGCAAGAGUUUGAUGGCUACAUUGCCGAAGUAGUCAUAGACUACGAGACGCUGAAGUCACGAAGCACAAGUUAGUUAAUUGACACUGUUAAGUUAAAGACACUCGAAAACCUAAAAUGCCAUCCAUUUUGUGUGUGAUUUAGUAAAUAUUUAAGUAUUUUUAAGCUAAUUCAGUUUAUUUAUUUAAUAGUUAUAAGUAGGAUACCAGAGGUGUAGAUUUCAAAGUAUGGUGGGCGCAUCAUAGUGUUGCAAGGAAAGUAGCGGAUACAUACAAGGACGUCUGGGUACCGGGUAUUCAAUAUCUAGUUUUGACUCAUCUCAAAGUAGAUCAACAUCACAAUAAUUGAAAAAGCACAAAAUGGUCAAACUGCUUCCUUUCAGUGGCUAUACACAGCCGUGCAAUUGUCUAUAGACAAUUGAAAUAUAGAUUGAUUUUCCUGCAUAAAAAUCAGAAUGACAUCUGCUGAUCCGCUAGAGAUGUUUUAUGCAGACAAAGGGGGUCAACAAUUUCCCGCUGAGCAAAAACUAAGCACAAAAUUAAUAACAUAAUUGGCACACCGUGACGUGGUAUUCUGGCUAGUCACCUUAUAUGGUAGACAGAUUGUUCGGCUGAAUAUUUAUAUAGGCCAAACAUUUGUGCACAAGUAGCACCUAUGAUUUGGGCAAAGACUGUUUUCCCGCAAACUUCGAUAACAGUUACAUUCAAAUCUAGUUAAGAGGGCUUUUUAUAAGUUAUUUACAUGCAUUAUAUAUUUAUUGGAAGUUUAAGGAGUAGAAGUUAACCGAAACUACUGUUUUAUACAUUCAAGCAAGUUCAUUGAAUUUAUUUAUUUAUUAUUUAUGAUUCAUGUCACUAUUUCGUCCGCGAUCAUUCCAAAGUAUUUAACUUAAUUUUCCUGGGACUUGAAUUUUAGACGUACUUAUUUAUUUCCCAAUUCAGUCAAAAAGGAUAUGGAAUAUUUAUAUAAAUAUAUAUUUAUUAUAUCAAAUGAAAUCGUCUUCUAUCACAACUCACAGUGCUCGAUACAUUUCUGUGAAGCUAUAAUACAAUUAAUUCAGAAUAAGUGCAAAACAAACUUUGAGAGACAAGCCAAAGUUUAUUAAAGGAACACGUUGCCUUGGACCGGACGAGUUGGUCUAUA